AUGGAAGAGUUUAACAGUAUAGAGCAAUUCUCAACAAAAGACAUGUAUAAGAAGCUGAUGGGAGAUAUACCGAAGGUGGAAUGGAGGAAAUUGGUGUGUAACAAUCAGAGUGCUCCUAAAUGGCAAUUCAUACUAUUAUUGGCAGCACAUAAAAGAUUAUACACAAGAGAUAGAUUAAAGAAGUGGGGAGUAAUACAAGAUGCAACCUGCCCUAUGUGUGGAGUUGUUGAUGAAAGUAUUGCACAUCUAUUUUAUGAAUGCAAGAUGUCGAGAGAAGUUUGGCAAAAAUUGCUACAAUGGCAGGGAAUCCUAAGACAACCUAUGAAAUGGGAUGAUGAGAUAAAAUUGGCUAUACUGCACCAUAACAGGAGGAAUGUGACUGAUGAAGUAUAUAGGAUGACAAUAGCUGGAAGUGUGUAUCAGAUAUGGCAAGAAAGGAAUAUGAGAGUAUUCCAACAGAAACAAAGGCCAGCGAAGCAGAUUGUAAGAGUGAUUAUACAAGAGAUCUUUGUUAAGGCGAGUAUGAACGUGAAGAUAAGGAAGAAGCUGCAGAAUAUGAAUUACUACUCAUGA